AUGGCAGAACCAGUCUCCGUCCUGUUCGUUUGCCUCGGGAACAUAUGCCGGUCCCCAAUGGCUGAAGGAGUCUUCCGCAAUCUCACAAACUUCAAUACCCCUGAACAGCAUCCCCUCAUAUCUCGCAUCGACAGCUGUGGCACGGGUGCAUAUCAUAGCGGCGAUGGUCCAGAUCCUCGGACGAUGUCUGUGCUUGCUGAGAAUGGUCUGAAGGGGUACAAGCACCAAGCGAGGAAGAUACAGCCGGAAGACUUUGCGGACUUUGACUAUGUGAUUGCCAUGGAUGCAAGCAACCUGGCAGACUUGAAGGCUUUUGGGAGACGGAGCAAGAAAGUGGAUGCAGAUGGUUGGGAGCGCAAGGUGAGGCUUUUUGGAGAGUUUGGGGGGCAGGAUAAGAGGGAAGAAGUGGGUGAUCCAUACUAUGGCGGGCGAGACGGUUUCGAGAUUGCCUAUGAGCAGGUGACGAGGUGUGGACAAGGAUUGCUGAAGGAGAUAGAGGAACGGGGGGUAAAGUGA